UUGCAGGGCUUCUUGGCAUACUAUGGCAUUAUUGUUGUUCCUGUAGUAUUGGUUCUCAUGCCAGAGCUGGUUUGGCUGAUGCGAAGGGUUGCUGGGCUGUGCUCAGCUGCUAACUCUGGGGGAUGUAGCUCAAGGUUGCUUAGACUGCAGUCUGGAAUCGACUCGGUGGUCGAUAUUGCCCUGUCGCCUUUACCUUUCCCCCAGUUACUGCUGAUUUCUGCAACUUUGCAGCCUAAUGAUGUUCUGGGUUUUGGAACCUUUGUUGCGAUUGGAAUUACUGUUUUUGCAGUGAUUGUAGUUACUAUUAUUCUGUGCCUCACCUGUUCCUGUUGCUGUUUGUAUAAAGCAUGUCGAAGACCACGACCUGUUGUGACCACCACUACUUCCACUACAGUGGUUCAUGCUCCCUAUCCCCAACAACAGGGAGUGCCACCCAACUACCCGGUAGCCCCAUAUCAAGGAUAUCAGCCUGUGGCUAUCCAGCCACAACCGGGAAUGCCGGUAGCACCGUACCCUGCACAGUAUCCUCCCCCUUACCCCAUGCAGCCGUCGGGACCCCCAGCUUAUCAUGAAACGGUGGCAGCUGGUGCUGGAGCACCUUACCCAAUCAGCCAGCCCCCUUACAACCCUGCUUAUGUGGAUCCUCAGAAGCCCACCUAUUGAAAAGAUCUUCUACUAUGUUUCUGCAUACAAAACUUUUUAAAGUAUAACUUGUGCUGUUUACACCUUGCAACUGUGGUAUAUUUUUCUGGAAGACAGCAAUCUCUUGUCUAAGUAAAUUGAAAGUUAAUUCAGUAUCUUUUUUUUUUUUAAAUGCUUUGAGUACAAGGAAAGAGUACUUUUCUUGCAGAAACUGUUAAUUUAUACCUCAAGCAGAUACAAAAAGAUAGUUUGUUCUAUAUACGAUGAGAAAAGCAUUGAAGGAGUACUUCAGAAAUAAGAACCACAAUAACAUUUGCUGUGCAAUAAUUUUGAAAGGAAUGGUCUAAUAGGAGCAUUAUCAAAGACCCAAAGCUGCAGCAAUCUUUUGCACAGUAUUAAAACAUAAAAACUUAAUCUCUAAGAAACUACCUGAUGUAUGUUACGUAUGUUCUGCCUG